AAGGUUGUGAACGGAGGGACGUUUGAACUCUAAUAGGCAGCAUUUAGGGAAAGAGUUAGCCAUUUUUAUUUAAAGUCGGAACUCCUUCGUGUCUGUAACUUGAAUUUACAUAUUUUCAAAGUUUGUAGACCCGUUUAGAACACCAAAAGGACUUGUGUGGCGAGAGCGCGGUGGAAAUAGAAGCUUCAUCGUAACGUUGCCGUGGAUAUUCCUUAUGUAUGUAGCUAGCCACAAAUAUCAGCGUCAAUUGGCCGACGUAGCUGCUAGCUAGCUGGGGUAACGGGCUGCUUGAGAGCUGCUCUUGACCUGUUCAAACUGUGCUAAAUUAUCCGACGGUGGUUGUUUUCCGUCAUUGUGCAAUAACAUAUUUAGGAUAUGGCCUCUUCUGUCAAGAUACCAAAGGGGACGAAACCUCAAGCCCUCAGGCCUGAAGUGAAGUCAAGUGGCGAUGGGCCGAAACGGAUUCCUGUAUCACAACAGUCACAGACGGUUCCGAAGUCUGUGGUCACACCAACUCCUCAUCAGCGGGUCCUAGGUGUGUCAAAUGGACCGCAGCGCGUUCAGCGGCCUGUGAGCCAUCAGAAACCAGUAUCUCAUGUCCCUUUUGCUGUCAAGUCCACGCAUACUAAUGAUCAGAACAUGAACCCUGCGACUCAGAAUCCAGCACCACUGCCCAAACCAGGUUCCCAGCAAAACCAGCCAAAAAUGCAUGUGCCCAAGGUGAAACCAGAGUCGACCACAUUAACAUCAGAAUCAGCAAAGCUGGAGAAGCCACAAAGCAAACCAGUGAAGAAUGAUAGUGCACGUGUAUCUUCAUCAAAACAGAAAUGGAGUCUGGAAAAUUUUGACAUUGGCCGUCCAUUAGGAAAGGGAAAGUUUGGCAAUGUCUACCUGGCCAGAGAGCGACAGUCUAAGUUCAUCUUGGCCCUGAAGGUGCUUUUCAAGAAGCAGCUGGAGAAGGCUGGGGUGGAGCACCAGCUGAGGAGGGAGGUGGAGAUCCAGUCUCACCUCAGGCAUCCUAAUAUCCUGCGCCUCUAUGGGUACUUCCAUGACGCCUCUCGUGUCUAUCUCAUCCUUGAGUUUGCACCCAAAGGAGAGCUGUACAGCGAGCUGCAGCGCAGUGGACAUUUUCCAGAGAGCCAAAGUGCCACAUACAUCAUGGAGCUGGCAGAUGCCCUCAUUUAUUGCCACACCAAGAACGUGAUCCACAGAGACAUCAAGCCCGAGAACCUGUUACUGGGGGCGAAUGGUGAGCUAAAGAUUGCGGAUUUUGGCUGGUCAGUUCACACCCCUUCCUCCAGGAGAUCCACUCUGUGUGGAACUCUUGACUACUUACCUCCAGAGAUGAUUGAGGGGAAAACUCACGAUGAAAAAGUGGACCUAUGGAGUCUUGGUGUCCUUUGCUUUGAGUUUCUGGUUGGAAAACCCCCCUUUGAAGCAAAAACUCAUGAGGAGACCUACCGCAAGAUUUCAAGGGUGGAGUACACUUACCCUGCACAGUCCAAUAUCAGUGCUGGAGCUAAAGACUUGGUUGCCAAGCUGCUGAAGCACAAUCCCAUGCACAGACUGCCCAUCCAGGGGGUCAUUUCCCACCCGUGGGUGGUAGAAAACUCGACCAAGAAGCCCACAACCUUUAGCAGUGAAGAGCUCAGCCAGUGACUGCUCUCCAGUUAGCAUCUGAGGGCUGUACAUGAGAGGGUGGAGUAUUGCCGAGUGCAGGCUGUACAAAGGUAUGCAACAUGAACACCGGUGUGAACUUCCACUAAUCUGACUAAAACCAUCACUUCACGUGGAUGUUUUCUCUCUGCAGACAUCUUCAGCCACUUGGUUGUGUUUGUUUUCUUUUACUUUCUCCUCUUUUAAGUUCCUGUCUUACAAAUGACAGAGUCCUUCCUGUAAAUAUUUCACCAUUUUUGCAUAAUUAUGAGUAUUUUAUUGAGCUUUUCAAAAAUGCUAUUACUUGAAAUAAAAAUGAUUGUUCAUCGAAUAUGUCACUUUGAAAAUGACCUGAAUGUCUUCAUCAGUUUUUAUUCCUGUUUGUUGAGUUGGCAUUUCAAACGCUGGGAGUCGUCUGUAGCAUUUGGUGAAACGGACUUUGCACUGAUGCUGGAUGAGUGAGAAACUUCCAUCAAUUUACUGUUUUAUCAGGAGCCUGGUGGUGAGAUGUCAGCAGAGGGCGCUAGAAAACCACUAGAGUUGGGGUUGUGUUACACGUUUAGUGAAUUGAAAAUGAUUUUCUUUUAGCAAAAUGCAAUAUUAAACUGUAGAGAAAGUAAUACUUUUUGAUGGGCUGUUUGUCUUAAGCUUCUUGUAUCUUGAAUGUAUUGAGUUGCUCCACUAAUAAGAGUAUUUCAAUGGGGAAAAUGUUACUUUUAUAUGUUCAGAUUAAGGUGGUCUAGAGGGUGCUUUAUGCUUUAAAGUUGUAACUUGGGAUAAAGUAAAAUCACCUGUUGUGGGAGUUAAUCAGUGAGAUUAUCUACCAAUCUAGUAUUAAUGUUUUUUUUUUUAAAGCAGGUGCGUUUAUAAAAUGUCUAUUUCUGCUGUUAAAGCUGUGUUUAGAGGAGAGUAAAUAGCAUGCAUUGUAUUUUUAAAAUGGAGAAAUGUGGGUUAAACAGUGAUAGUCAUGAAAACUAUGGACUUUAUAUGAAGACACUUUUACUAUAACAAUAAAUCUUUAAACUACA